CUCCAUAGAAUUGUCAAGUGUUGCGUUCUACAAUAUCACAAUUGUAUUCGUUCCUCACCCACACCACACUACAGCAAAGAUUACUCGAUCGACGUGUCGCUACACAACGUUAUCUGCCAUUUAGACAAUGAAACUCUGCUCCCAAACAGCCAUUCUGUGUACUGUGCUGGUUGCAGCAGCCGCCAUCGAUGUCGCAGAGGCAUCCGACCGAAAACAACACAUUCGCACGAGCAAGGAAACUCUCAAGGAACGGAAACGAAACUUGAUCAAGGUCGAAGACUCCGUAAACGUCGACACCGAAAUGGUUCGCGUGUUGAUGGGAUCCGAUGACAUGUCCAUGAGCAUGCCUUCCUAUUCCGGCGGUGGCGGCGGCGGUGGUAGCAGCACUAGCAACAGCAAUAGCAGCAGCAACAACAACAGUGGCGGUGGUAGCAAUGGCACUAGCAGUGGUGGAUCUGGGUCCGGAACCAACAAUGGAAGUGCAUCCGAAGAUGGCGAUGCGAGUGGUAAUGUUCCUUCUGCGUCACCGCCCGGUGAAGGCAUGCAACCCACAGUCGCUGGCGAUGUUGAACCCCCGGAACCAUUUGAUGGUUCAGCAGGGACUGGAGCAGAAGAUAGUUCGGCGUCUAGACGGAAGGUUGGAGUGGCAGCUAUAACCACAGCUGCUGCGAUAGUUCCUCUUUUGUUAUAAACGAAAAGUUGAUCGGAAUAGUUAACGAUGAAUGAAAUCGACAUCGCUUCCGCGAGAAUAUGAUCCUUUGGUACAUUUUUGCGAGUCACUCAUCUUCUUUUCUUUCAACAACCAAGAAUGGAAUCCAUCCACCGUUCCUCCUUCCUUCGGCGUAUGUUUCGGCUUCCCCGAUUCUGGCCUGGAUUCGCAAUUCUGCGAGUCAAUACAUGUUAGAAAAACAUUUGAUGUAAGGAGUACUUCCAAAUUCAGCUUCUAUAUCCGAUCCGAUCCGAUCCGAUCCGAUCCGAUCCGAUCCGAUCCGAUCCGAUCCGAUCCAAAUCAAUUUCAUCCAUUUGA